AGCCCCGUCGGAGACGUCAUGAGCGUCUUACUACCCAACAUGGCGGACUUUGAUACCAUUUAUGAGUUGGAAGACGAAGAGGAUGAGCACGUAGUGAGUGAGGAACACUUGCCCAGAUACUGUCCGGAGCCCGUGGUGAUGCGAGGGGCCGGACACAUCACAGUGUUUGGACUGAGCAACAGAUUUGACACAGAAUUUCCAUCUGUUCUCACGGGAAAGGUAGCGCCAGAGGAAUUCAAAACCAGCAUCAGCAGGGUGAACGCUUGUUUGAAGAAGAACUUGCCUGUGAAUGUGAAGUGGCUUCUUUGCGGAUGCCUGUGCUGCUGCUGUACAGUAGGCUGCAGUCUAUGGCCUGUUAUCUGCCUCAACAAGAGAACAAGACGGUCUAUUCAUAAGUUGUUAGAGUGGGAAAAUAACCGAUUAUACCACAAGCUGGGGCUGCACUGGAAACUCAGUAAAAGAAAAUGUGAAAGCAGUAACAUGAUGGAAUAUGUCAUUCUUAUAGAAUUCUUACCCAAAUAUCCUAUAUUCCGACCGGACUGAGGAGGCUGUUAAAGACUGGACGUGUGGCCCUUGAAUCUUAUCCUUAGUGCCUUGUAUAUACAGUAUGUUGGAAUAAGGGUCUGCACCGUUGUCUCUCAUGACGACCCUGUACAUCUCCCAGUACCUUGUACAUUAGAAUUUGCAACACUGUCACUUUGCUUUAGAGCAGAUUUUGCACAUUUUCCCCGACAGAACUAGACAUGUCCCCUCUGUUGCACUCAGAUGUGUUUUUUUUUUUGUUACAUGUGACAAACAAGUGAAACUCUCGAAAAGUGCAUUUACCCCAAAGAACCAUCAACUUAUCCCAUCUAUUAUAUCAGUAAUCCCUUGCAAAGAAUGUGAUGCCUCCACCUUCCUUAACUAUCCUUGCCUUAUGUAUGAUUUUUUUUAAAGAUAACUCUACGUGUGAGAGGAAGAGGAGGAGGACUCUGGGUAAUUCAACAAGUCUGUAGACUUCAGUGCUGUUUGUUGGGUUUCCUCUCUUUGAAUCCAGUUCUUUGCAAGUAGAUGGGAUGGUUGAAAUUGCCUAACGUACAGUGUACGUCACUACCCUGUGUUAUUUCUUUACAUUUGACCCUCUGUACAUGGGAACUAGCUAGUGAACGAACUUGACCUGUAAAUACCAUGUUAGGAUAAGCUGUACAGUGGUAUACCAUUGUUUACAUAAAGUUACUUACUUAGCUAUUUAGUUUUUUUUGCCAAUAUAUUGCUGUACCAUAGUUUUGAUUAAUGAAAGAUGUCUAUGUACCUUUCUAGUUUGUAUGGACCUGUUUACCUUGUAAGCCAUAUAGUUACUAUGUACAUGAUGCCAGAGUUAAGACUGAUUAUUGCACUUGAGCCCAGCAGGAAGUCAGGAUUUCAGACAUCCUGAAGAUUCAUCCACAGACAGCAGUGCAUGGUACCAUGUGGUUUUUGCCAAUAAAGAUGACACUUAAUGAGUCGUCAUCUGUUAAAACUGGAGAUGGUCGCAUCUCUGAUGUGCAGUCGGAAGAUAACGGUUUGAACUCUGCUCUUCCACUCAUCUAUUUUUUAUCAUUUUAUCUCGACUUUGCAUUAAUUUUUAUAGUUUUGUACUUCUCCCUGUGCUGUGUUUGCUCCUCCACAUAUCGAGCAGAUGGUUCUUUUGUCUCAGUCAUUCUGUCUCAGUGUUAUUUUCCUGAAUCGUAGUCAAGAGAUUGCUGCAAUGCGUCGUAUUAGAGUGCCUCUGGAGUAGUUGGUGAACCACAGAGAAGUACAGGUUGAAAUCUGUUCUCUUGUACAAAGGAGAUUUUAAACCCUCCUCCCAGUAUUGUCCCUGUUACAAUUCUUGUAAAUGUUCGUCAUGGUGACCUAAUCCCUGCGGAGAGAGAAAAUAAAUUGUUGAUUUUGAA